UGAACAGGAAAUUUAUAACUAACCGUUGCAUAACUGUAACUUGAUGUUUGCUGACGAUCGAUCCUCUGCACUAAAAAAGUCUACAUUAAAAAAAGUUUGAUAAUAAUAAAUAAUAAUCAGUGAGAUAAUAGUUUAAUAAUAAUAAUAAUAACCUAGAUGAGAUAGUUAUUCUAUAAUAUUCUAUAAAUAUUUUAUAAUAACUGUGCUUCGGUAAAAUAAUUUCAAUGAAAUGUUCAAAUGAUAUAAACCAACUAAACUUAAUUUUUUACUUUUCUAAUUAAUACUGUUUAAUAAUAAUUAGAAAUUGUUACUAUUAUUAUAUUUGAUAUUAUUUACUAUUUACUAUUAUUAUUAUUAUAUUUGACACGGUUGGUUACUAUUAUUAUAUUUGGUAAUAUUUAAACAUUGCACUAAUACAUUAAAUGAAAUACAUUUGGUAGCUUUUGCCAAAUUUUUUUAAGUGUUUCCUACUUUAAUUUUUACACUGAAAUUCAUCCACUUUAAAAGUUUCGACACAAUUUGUGUUAUACAAAGGUUUGUAAGGUACAGGUAUUUAAUUAUUUUCGUUAAACCCCCCGGAUUCAGCAUUUUCAACAGGUCGUCUGUUUGACAACUUUAAACGACCGAAACUAUGUCGUAAGAUCGGUCCAACGGAGGAGAUUUUUUGGCGAGUAUAAAGAUUACGAAACUUUGAAAGAUUUCCUUCGCGGAAUGUUAGCAAGAAGAACAAGAAUUGGGAUCUUUCUAAUAAAAUAAGGUGAAUCUGAAAGCUUCGGGUAAGCUCUAAGUGGAGGGAACGAAGCCGCGGAUACAGAUGAAUUACUUUCACAAAGAAGUCAACGUGAAGAAUUCUUCCAGUCAAAACGUGACUGACUUUACAGCUAUUUCCUUCCAAGUAGUUUUUGCCCGCGAUUUGAACCGCAAUAUUUGAGACCCCUAUAGUCUCUGUUCUCUAUUACUUCUACUUCCGACCGUUUCCUGUUAUUCCGCGAGAUUUAUAUCCGUUUUAUACACGGCGGAAAUGUAUCGCGUGCAUUCCUCAUUGGUUAUGAAAAUACGCUACAAAACGCUAUUGGGAGCAAUAACUGUUGAAUCUCGACGAGUUAACUUCUCUUUUCGAUUUAUCAAAUAGUUCAUCGAUUUUGACCGUUACACUUGUUCACGUCUAUUAGAUUAAUUGAUACAAAAUGUUGAUAUUAAAUUGAUUAAGAUGUACACGUACUGAAAAAAAAAGAGUUUGGUAUUAAUAAUCAAACCUUGAUAAAACAAUUUCAAUUAAAUGUUUAAUUAAUAAAAUCAAAUAUUUAGUAGUAUUUAGUAAUUACAUUAAUAGUAACUAAACAUAAUAAUAUUAAUCAAACGAUUACUAAAUAUUUAGUUAUAACUGAACGUUUAAUUGAAAUUAUUUCAUUAAAGCCGAGUAAGUAUUAUCUUAGACUUAAUUAAUAUCAAACUUUUUUUUUACUGUAGAAAAAACGCAAAUUAAUUCCGUUUGUUUUUCUACUAACUAGGGCGUUCGACCUAUUCGAAGAGCAUGCAGUGAACAAUUCUUUUAGUAGGCAUGUCAUCGUCACGUGACAACGUUGAGAAAUGAGUUGUUUAAAUUACAUGCGUCAGACCGCAACGCAUCAUACGCACACCAGGUUUGAGAAUGUUCCUCGCUAAAUUGCGCCAUGUCGGAAUUCGGCGGCACGAGAAUUGGCCGCAUUAUGUCCCAUAUAUUAAGUUACACACACACAUACACACACACACACACACACACACACACACACACACACACACACACACACACACACGUAUACAUACGUACAUAUAUAUAUAAUAUAUGACGAUGAAAAUAAUUUAAUUCGCAAUACCAACAUACGCAGCGUACCGUGGCGAAUGCGCCAACCAAGUCACGUGUAACAGCCGCGUUAACUGGCGCGUACACGUGUAUAUAUUUCUCGGCUUAAAUAUAACGAGCUUUCGGUACGAACGUCGCGGUGAAGGCAUGCAGGACGAAGAGAGGGUGGCAGAGGGGGCAGUGGGUUUCAGUUUGCAGGAAGCCCAGGAUCGUUCCGCCUCUUCCUCCGCCGCGCGGCUGAACAAUCCGGCUUUGUCUCGUGGAAGCUCUCGCAGUGGAAGCGCGCUUCCUACACCACCACUACCACUCGGCCACAAUUUCAGCUUUUUAGACGUUACCGGCAGAUUGAAGAAGCUACGAGUGCUAAAAAGAAGCGAAACGAUCGUUCGGAGCGCGUUCUACGCUUUAAAACGCAACGCGGGGCUCUCUCUCCGGUCUCAGAGAGUUAGCUCACCGUUAAUGAUAAUUACGCCCGUUUGCGAAAGAUUCGAUUAAUCCUGACAAUCGCAAUCCGAUUUUCACGGAACAGCCGACAUUCGUCCAUUCCAUCGUUUUACUACGUUUCACUGAAUAUUUCAUAGACUCUUUUCCAAUAUUUCUUAUCCGAUUUCUUCGUUGCUCUUGACGAAUACAAAUGACGGCUAUGCCAAUGCGCAACUGAGUGGUCAUAAGAACAAUAUAGCAUCGACGGAAUAAAAACGCAUUUCUUUGCAACGGCUGUUUAAUUUGAAUAACGUCAAACAUUAAUUUGUUGCUCGAUUUAUUACGUUCAAUUUAUCACGUAAUUACCGUUUAAUACACAAAAUUAAUAUAAUUGAUAUUAUUGCAAAUACGACGCUUGAGAAACGUCUUUUCUUUUUUUUUCGUCUUCCUCUUUUUAGCGAUAACGUAUUUUAAUGGAAAUUUUAAAGUACCCAGAUUUCACUCCUUUCCAUUCGAAUCCUCGAUUUUCCAGAUAAUCUUUGGCGCAUGAGAACGGCAGAGAGAAACAUUUGUAAACUUCCCCGUAAGUUGUGUUCCUACAAGCCGUAUAUUCGUGCACCGAGCCGCAACAUCGCAUUAUCUCGGGAGAUUUGAAACUCGUAUGGAGAAAAUUAUGUUCGGGAUUUCCGUGGCUGAGUCGGCGGCUUCUUGCGAUCGUCCCUAUCCUUAAUCUUACCGGUCGCAGAACCGAAUCGAUCCUGCUAAUACAUAAUGGAUCCCCGAGGCCUGCAAUCUGAAACUCGUCCAAUCGAAUUAAUAGCGUCGACAGCACUUUUUCCCCUUCUCCUGUCCCCUUUCUUCCUCGCUAAAUUAAUAUUGCAAGGAGAUGUAAUGCAUGUAAGGACUAAAUCUUUGUGCAGCAAAUUUUUAUAUAGAAAUUCUUCUUCUGAGAUUCGCUUGUGAGUAAAGAAAUCGGGCAAGGUAAAUUUAGUUCUCAAGAUAAAGAUUUAUUGUGAAGCGGUGUCGAGUAGAUCGAUGUACAAGGCUCGUUGCGUCCGUUCGCCGAUUGUUGCGAUGCCCAAGAGUGUUUUCCGUUCGAAGUUUGGAGCAGGAGUGAUUUCGAAAAACUCGAGAGCAAUCGUCGGCUCAUCUCUCCACGCGUUAUCUUUCUCGGAAUACGCCGAAUCGGCCGAAUUUCCCCGAAACGAGGCGAAGAAAAUGAAUAGUGGGAUCACCGCGAUCGGUGCCCAGCGCAAAUCGUUAUAUCGGACCGUUACGUACCGAACAACAAAAGUGAUCGAGUUUUAAAGUUCCGCGCGAGUACGUGAAUUCCGAAUUAUUAAGGGAAAAAUAUGUCCCAAAAAUCAAUCAGGCGAUCGGUCAGUUGUUCCGAGAUAUUAGCGAUCGGACAGGAUAAACGGGUCCAACAUUUAAGAAGCUACUCCAGUGACCGAGAGAAACACAACAAAAUAUAUUUGAAAGAUACAACUCUGCCAAAAUCUACGCCCGUAAGAAUUCGAAGAAGAUCUAAAGACCAUGACACAUUUAUAUCAUUUCGAGACCAUGUGUCAUCAUUGCGUCGAUCACCGUCACCGAUCAUAAGGAGAACUUUGAGUUCAAGAAACGACAGAAGACCUCUAACGGAUAAUGAAUAUCAGAUGACCUUAUUGAAUAAAAUAGAUAGCUUCUUUUAUGUAAAUUGCCGAAGGAUGUUAAACAGCAAUGGCAGUUUGAAACCAAUUACAUUAAAAACGUUCGUAAAAGUUUCUAACUUUCUGUUGAAGUACCUCGAUGUCAAACAAGAUCUCACGAUGGAAGAUUACAUAGACGAAUUACCUAAAUGCGCGAGGAAGCUACAUUAUCCUGGUACGAUAACCAAAUCAUGGCUAAAGAUUGCCAAUACGAUGCAUUCGUGGCCUUACGUUCUCGGUUGGAUCGGUUGGUUGAUAGAAGCAUGUCAAGUACGAGAAAUCGCGUUGAAUGGAUACAAAUUGGAAAAUUUGCCAUUCAAAGGAACGCAGCAGCAGGCUCAGAGUUCCAGCAUGGAGUUUCAAGCACUGCUGGAAUGCUAUAAAGCUUAUAAUGAAGAAAAAUUUGACGAAGAAGAAGAACUGUUGAACCGAUAUCUGCAGGAUGUUUUAGGUCAAAAAAGCAUUACAGAUGAUGAUAUAGCGCAGGCGCGUAAAGAAUUAGAGGAGGAAAAAAUAAAGUUACAAGCGCAUAAAAAUAAGUCACAGAAACUCGAUGAAAAAAUUGAAUAUCUACAACAGAAAUUAGCAUCUUUGCGCGCCAAGGAAUCUAAACAAUUACAUAAUAAAAUCGGUGAAUAUCGAUAAAAAU